AUGAAUAUUGCAAAUAUAUUAAAAAAAUUUAGUGAUUUACCUAAACCAAUGCACACACUAAUAAUUAGUAAUCUAUUCAUGCUGGGUCAUAUAUUAAACACUACACAUGAUUUAAAAAUUUAUCAAUAUCUUAAAGAUAAAGCUUUGACUGUAGAAGAGCUAGCUGAUGUUAGCAAAACUGAUAAAGUAAUUUUAAAUAAAAUACUCUUGAUCUUAUACAAUUUCGGAUUUAUUGAACAAGUAGAUGGUACAAAAUAUAAAGCGAAUGAUAUUACUGAACAGUUGAAUUUUUUACACUCUGCAUUUAUUGGUAAUAAAGUAGCAGAUAGGGCUUUAUGUAAUCUAUCUAAAUCUCUUAAAACUGGGAAUUUAGCUUGGAAUAUUACUUAUAAGCAAUCUUUCUACGAAACUUUAAAUGAAAAUCUAGACCUUUCAAAAGCAUUUGAUGAGUGGAAUCAUGAGACAGCUAAGCUUUCGUUAUAUCCUAUAAUUCCUUUCUAUAAUUUUGCUCAAUUUAAGACAAUAGUAGAUUUGGGAGGAGGAAAAGGGUAUUUUAUAAAUGAAGUAUUACAAAGGAAUAAAGAAAUGCAAGGGGUUUUAUUUGACAGGGAUGAAGUAGUAAAAAAUGCGGAAGUAUUUUUAAAUAGUACUAAUAUUCUAGAACGCUGUAAAAUCGUUGGUGGAAGUUUGUUUAAGUCUAUACCUGAAUGGGGAGAUAUUUAUUGUAUAAAUCGUGUAUUGCUUAAUAUGAGUGAUGAUCAAGUUUUACAAAUAUUACAAAAUUGUAGAUUAGCAAUGAAGCCAAAUGCAAAACUAAUAAUUAUAGACGCUGUAAUUUCUAGCUCAACUGAUAAUCCUACAUAUACAUUAACCCUUUUGAAUGAUUUGCGGCUUUAUUUGUUAAUGGGUGGAUGUCAUCGAGAUAAAACAGAAUGGGAAAAUUUACUUAAAAAAGCCUCAUUUAGUGUACCUAAAAUAUUAUCAUUUGAGGGAAUAUCACUUUUUUCUAUAAUAGAGGCAGUUCCAAUAGCUAACGAUAUUAAAUUAUAA